CUGCAUCUCCCCAUUUCCGACAAAACUCCAAGUGUGUUGAGUAGUGUUUAUAUAUUUUAUGUGUAUAAUAUUUUAUUUCUGACUGUGACUAUGGCGACAUUAUUUAUUCUGCUUAUAAUAACCAUCCAGCAAUGUUAUGGAGUUAUUUACAAGCUAAAUGAAACAGAAUUCAAUCAGAUGCCACCGAUGUUUGAAAUGGAUAACUAUGCUCAAUGUUUAAAUGAUCCAGAUGGUAUUUAUUGCUCCGUCGAGUUCACAUUAGUAUCUGAUACGCCAAGUGAACUUCUUACAAUGAUUCAGGAAUAUUCAGAAUACUCUUUAAAACAUUUUAAUCAUACAAAGCCACUCUAUGGUGUGUGUUUAACUAGACGAUGUAAGCAGUAUUAUAGACAACAUAAAUCAGCGGACCUAAAAUUAGUCCUUGAGAUGUGUCUUAAUGAGUCAUUGUGGAAUGAGUACCAAUUAAAAUCCAAAGUACAUGACAUUCAGUGUACAAAAUCAAAUGAAAAAAUGGAUAUUGAUGAUGGAGACUUUAUAGUAGCAAAACUAAUGUAUAUAAUAUUGUUUAUUAAUUUAGUCGCCAGUAUUUACGAUUACUUUUUUAUAAGAGGCACAUUAAGAACAGGGAACAGUUACCUGAUGAACUUCUCGCUGUUAAGAAAUAGUUUAAAACUCGUUGAUACCAGUGACCGAUCAGAUGAGAGACAAAAUUGCUUCAAGUCACUCGAUGCUAUAAGAUCUGUCUUAAUGGUGCUAAGUAUUAUUGGUCACUCGUUACAUCCUGUCAUAGUUCUAUCACAAAAUGUGCAUUACAUGGAGACAGCAGCUUAUGAAAGUCCCAUCUUCAAAAUACUUUACAAUGGCUUUAUAGUAGUGCAAGUAUUUUUUUUAAUAUCCGCAUUCUUACUUUCUCAUAAUUUACAAAUGUCUUUGGAGGAGAAAGAGUUAAAGGGACGCGAUAUUCUAGAACGGAUCUUCACAAGAUGGUGGAGACUAACGCCACCUUACGCGGUAUGGCUGGCAUUAACAGCAUCAUGGAAUAGAUUUGCGGGUAGUGGACCGUUCUGGAAGGUGUAUGUGACUCGAGAAGCAAUAGAUUGCAGACGAUCUUGGUGGAAACAUGUCAUGUACAUAAAUAAUUACUUUAUGGAUGGGACAUGUAUGCCUCACUCGUGGCACCUGGCAGCUGAUUUUCAGUUGCACAUAUUAGGACUCAUUGUUUUUAUAAUGUGCAAAGGAACUGUAAGAAGACUGGUCCUCAUGAUUUUGUUUAUCAUUGGACUUAUCGCUCCAGGACUUAAAGUAUUAUAUUAUCAAGACAUAGAUGCAACGGUCUUGGCUAAAUACGAAUCCGUACGCAGAUUGCUAACUGAUGCCCUUGGGUUCAUACAUGCACCAGCUCAGAAUAACUUAACUAGCUUCAUCAUUGGCCUUUCUAUGGGACUGUUUGUAUACCAUCUACAGCGUAACAAAUUCGAAAUUAGCAAAUAUAAGAAAUAUCAACUUAUUUACUAUUUACUGCCGUUCUUCGUGCUUCUAACUGUCAUGGCAAGUGAUACCCAGUACACCGAGGCACCACUGUCUGUAUAUAGUCGUGCAAUGAUAGCUUCAAUCUUAAGACCUGCACCUGCUGUUUGGAUGGCUGCUAUUAUUUUUGGUGCUAUCUUUAAAUAUGAAGAUACAUAUCGUGGAUUUCUUGAAGCUCCAGUGUGGAAGGUCUUAUAUCGAAUAUCCUAUUGUGCCUUCAUAGUUCAUCAAGCUGUCUUCCGUAUGAUAGCAGGAAGCAGUUUACUGGUUCAAUCGAAUCACCUAUACUUGGCGCAGGUUACAUUGGGCAAUGUUUUUAUCUCUUAUAUCAUGGGAAGCAUCCUAUGGCUUCUGGUUGAAGCGCCGUUUUCGGGACUUGUAGACACAAUGAGAUCCAGAAACCAACAGAAAAGAAAGAUGAUCUGAAGACUAAAAGACCAAAUUAUAUGUAUCUGAAGUUGCAUAAAAGUAGAUGAAUAAGUAAUAACAGGUUUCCAAAUUUUAUUUAAAAUUUGAAAAGAAUUUUAAUAUUGAUAUGGUCAGUAUAGGUUGUUGCUAGGUCAGCUAAUUACGUAAUAAUUUAAGGCAGAAGGAACCAUAAAUUGGGACUGAAUAAAUUUACCAAUUUGUGUUACAUGGAUCACACAACUUUUUCUAUUGUUGCUGAACUGAGUUGCGAGACUUGGUUUUUUAAUGAGUAAUAUUUUUGAUGGCAUCUCAUUUAUUUUUGCAGAUAGUCCUAAUUUUUUCAUUUCCUGUAACUUCUACUUCUUGAACAAGAAAAACAAUGCAUUUUCUAAAGCCCACUCCCUUUUUUUGAUGAGCUUUUCUUAUUUUUGUGGGUAGCCUCCCUCUUUUACUUUUCCGAUACUAUUAUUUGAGUGAAGCUACAUACAGUUAUUCUCAAAGCCCACUCCUUGUCUCUAUGGGUGUUUCUUGGAGGCUUUGAUGUUGCAAUUUUUGACAAGUCUCGCCGGAAAAUGCUUCUAACGGCCGUUUUCAAUAACGUUUCUCUAAUUAUGGAUACAUUGCUGUCACCGUUUAAUGACAAGAUCUCUUAUCUAUCCAUAGUUAUAUGCAAUAUAGUUAUAGUCAAAUGCUUUAUCAACCGUUCCCAAUAUACUAUCUACAGAUAGAGAUCAAUUACUACCUUUUACUGUCAGUAAUUAGCUGUCAAUAAUCUGAAGGCGUUCCAAUAUAACCGAUAAGUCAUUCUUAUCGCCUUAUAUUGGGACGAGUGAAUUGCAAUUUCCAUACAAACUUCUAUCGCUGGUAAACUAUACAUCGUCCCAUUGACAGACAGCGUGUACGGAUAAGGUGAGUUACCGUCGAUAAGUUUAUUGGGACAGAAAAGACAACGAUAGUUACGAUUUUUAUCUCAAGUAAGAGAUAGACUGAAUAUUGGGAACGACCGUUAGUCGAUAGGUUAUUGAAAUGUAAGUAUGCGUAAAAGGAUAGAUUUGUCUACCUCUAGUAAGUUAAACUAAGGAUAGAUAGGUUAUUGAAAAUGGCCGUUAGUCUAUUGUAUUGACAAAUUGAGAAUUGUGCUUUAAUAUUUCGAAAGAUGACAUUAAUUAGAUAUAGAUGUAUGCCGCUCAGACUUGUGAUUCUCGAAACUACUAUUUGAGCUGUAAUCCUUAUAAUAUUUUAUAGCUUCAUAAAUAAAUACAACGAAAACUUAUUCCAAGCUUAAAAUUACUUCUCGUAAUUGUGUAGUGACAAGACAAAAAGUUUUAAAUUUAGAAUAACUUUAAUUCGCGUAUAUUAAUAACAGUGUUAUUGUAUUCUGAGUUUGAAGCUUUUAUGUCUGCAAGAAGUGCCUUAGAGUUUUGAUAAUCGGACAGUGAGUGGCAACAUUAAGAAACUUUGACUAGUUAUAAUUCUUAAAGUACUAGUUCAAAUUUAAUUUAUUUGAAAUAUAUAUUGUUCUUACAAUGAAAGCUUGGUUACUAGAAAUUCGGGCUGCUAGUUUUAUACACAACGAAGUUAUUGGUGGAUGAAACUGGCCUGAACUGCUUCGAGUAAAAGACGGCCGUGCCGCUGUUUUUGUUCGACUUGGUGGGGGCAAUGCAGUGCCCCCCACAUUAUAUACAUGAAUGGUAGAAGAUGAAACUAAUUGCUUUUAGUCGAUAGAAAAAAGAUAAAGAGGUAAUUGUAAGAAGAUGAAACGUGAUACACUUACACAAAAGAAACCAAAGUUUGUUCAAAAAUAAAUGUAAAUUAAUAUAAGUUAAUGACAACAUGUUUAAAUGAUUAUGAGUUUUAAUUAAUACAUAACACACGCAAUAAAUUUAAAGUAUGAUAAUAUAUAUAAAUAUGUCUUGAUUCGCACUUCUAUGUAUCGGCGUUACAUAAUUCCACCGUUACUAUUGAUCUCUUCUCAAGUUUCAAUUGUAAAGCUUUCUCGCCACAUUUUAUGUGAAUAGUUUUCUCAUCAUCACUGCAAAGUUUAACAAAAGCAUUAGAUGUUACGCGAAGGUCACACUUAAGUUUUGCGGAACUUAAAAAAACAACAUCAACAACAACAACAAUAUCAAAAUACUCUCCUUUACAUAAUUAACAUGCGAUCGAACCAUUUUUUUAAAACAGAAGAACCACAGAUCUGUAGGCAGGUUUUCUACGUGCUGAUUGAACGCUAUCACUGCCUCUUAGGAAUUGGUAAAAGUGAAACCUCUCAUCAAAUCUUUGAUUUUGGGGAAAAUACAGAAAUCACAGGGUGCUAGGUCGGGGCUAUGUGGAGGAUGGGUGACGAGUUUUACUUUUUCGGAAGUUAAAAAUGAAUUAGUUUUGAUGGCCGUGUGUGAAGAAGCGUUGUCAUCAUGUAGGAGAACGCGGCUUUUUGGUCGUCUUUCGCGAAGUUUUUUUAUUACUGUGAAGGUUGCAACGUUUCAAAAAAUAUAACAUUCGAAAUUCAAAUAGUUCCGAUUAGCUAGGAGUGCAAAACUUUUAGUGUACCCCGUGUAUUUCUUGAUGCCUUCACUUAAGUUAAAGGAAGAUUGUAAGGCACCAGUAUGAUAUAAUAUUGUUAAGAUUAUAACAGGUUAUUAUUAUUAUUGUUUCUAACGAUAAUAAAUUUUAUAUUAGAAGACGAUAUUUUGAUCAAAUUGUUUGAAUCAUGGUCACAACCAUCAAAUACUAUCGAGCUAAUUCCAGCGUUGCUGAACGGUUACGACUUCUGAAUAAAAAUCGGUUACAGUAACAAUCGAUUCGAUUUCCUUUUCUAUCCAGCUGUAUCUACGUUAUUAACGAAAACGAACGAAAUUAAUUCAAAAUGCAAAAAUACUUCACAGUAUUGUACAUUCCUUCGUAGCCAUUUGCAUUAUACGUCAAAAUUAGUUGUCUGGAUGCCCGCGAGUGGCGCUUGAAAUUGGCACAAUAUUUGCUUCAAACAUAUGGAACAACAUGUCCAGUGGUACUUAUACAGGUCAGUGGUAUAUAGUAUCUACGCUAUAGAGUCUAUAUUUUAAGUCUAUGGUCACAACGAUCAGUGGAUACGGUGAAAACUCUUAGUAUUUUUCAUUGUUACUAAAUGACACUUAAAGAACGUUAAUCUGUGUGAUAGCUAAUCCAUUUUGGUCUUCGGCCUUGCGUUAUUUCAUUGUAUUCCCACGGCAUAGUGGAGAACCCUGGAGGCCAGAGGUCAAGAGCGAGUUUGCUUUCGACUUAUGUUGAACACAUAAACCUCGGUCUGAACGUACUAAGGUUUAUGUGAAUCAACGAAAUACAUGGGUCCGAUUCUCAUCAGCCAAAGUAUGGAUUAAUAACCCCCCUCCGAUAAGGAACCUCCAAUAAAAACAAGGUUUUCGUAGUAAGCUUAAAGUGUUCCUUAAUACUCAUCAAAAAGUACAGGAAACUCUUUUACUUGACACUAGUGCUGUUUAAAAAUAAAUUAUACGACCUGUUAUUGUCAUGAGUUCUUUUUAGAGCUUUCGACUUAUGUUAAACACAUAAGUCGAAAAAUACUAAUGUUCGUGUGAAUCAACGAAAUACACACCACAUGGGCGCCACAUUGGUCCGAUUCUCAUCAGCCAAAGUAUGGAAUAAUAACCCCCCUCCGAUAAGGAACCUCCAAUAUAAACAAGGUUUUCGUAGUAAGCUUAAAGUUCCUUAAUACUCAUCAAAAAGUACAGGAAACUCUUUUACUUGACACUAGUGCUGUUUAAAAAUAAAUUAUACGACCUGUUAUUGUCAUGAGUUCUUUUUAGAGAGAUUCUUAUUAAUAUCAGCAGAAUUAGCACUUAUUCAAUCACGAAACUAGUACUCACUUGUUACUAUUAUUAUUAUUUUUGUUAUUUUAGUGUUCUUAACUACAUUACUAACUUGAAUUAGGUCGGGUCACGAAAUUUUAUGUAAUUUUUGUUUUGUUGUAUUUUUUUAUUGUGAUAUUAUUAUCUUAGAAUGGUAACCCUUCAUACAUGUUUAAAUUUUAAGUAGUUUGACAAUCCGCUAGACCUUCGCUAGAUCAUAUCACCUAUGAGUGUGACCAGUAUUAUGCUGAGGUGAACUCCUAUUCUGCAUGUUAAUAUAAAUUUAUAAAUAAGUCUACUUGUAUACUUUAAGUUGCAGAAUAAAUGAUUUUUAUUUCUUU